AUGGCAGACGAAGGAACACCGCUUGUUGCCCCGGGAGCAAGGGCCGCUCCCUCGUCACGCCUGGCGCGCCUCAACCGCCGCCUACUGGCCGCCGUGGACCGUGUGAACCCUAUUGUCACCACCACGCCCAAGCGGCUCUUUGAGAUCUGCGACCAGUCCAUCUACCCUCCGUUUCUCCGGCGCCGUUGCCAAGCCAUGCUGGCUGCCGAAUGGACCCAUCGCCUACCCUUGAUUCAGCAUGCCUCUCCGGCUGACAUGGCGGCGAGCCUGAUCGUCAAGGCCCUCGACGAGCUCAAGGAUGAUGGCUCCAGCAUCACCGUUGUGGACUUUUGUUCCGGCGGCGGAGGCCCCGUCCCCGUCAUCGAGAGGCUUGUCAACAAAAAGCGGGCGGAGCGGAACAAGCCUCCAAUUCCGUUCAAGAUGACUGACAUCAAACCUCACAUUGAUGCGUGGAUGACUGCAUGCGCUCGCAGCCCGAAUCUCAGCUACUUUCCCCAACCAGUAGAUGCAACCGACCCUCCACCGGCUGUCAUGAGUACAACGGUGGGCCCUGCCAGCGGUGUUGAUGCGCAGCACGGUUCCAAAGCCCGCGUCUUCCGCUUGUAUUGUCUGGCGUUUCACCACUUCCCAGAUGAUCUUGCACGGAAGGUGUUGGAAUCUACCACCAACACGUCUGACGGAUUUGCCAUCUUGGAGCUGCAGGACCGCCGCCUGGCCUCUUUAUUCCUAAUGUUCCUUGACUUCUGGCUCAUGUUCGUCGUCACCAUCUUCUGGUUCUGGGAUGAUCCGCUGCAGCUGCUCUUCACCUACCUCAUUCCGGUACUCCCCUUUACGCUUUCCUUUGACGGAUGCGUCAGCAGCUUGCGAACGCGGACCUUUAUCGAACUCAUGGCUUUGGUGGACUCCAGUUUGGAGUCUGCAUUGCACGGUCCCCAGGGCAGAGUUGCUCGGAGGGUGCUUCAAGAGUCUGGCACGGCCGAGAUUGAGGGAUGGGUCUUCAAGGGCGGCAGAGAGAUGCAUACUUGGCCCAUUGGGUACAUGAAUUACAUUGUGGGCAGACGCGUCAACGACCGGCACUGA